AUGUUCAAGGCUUUGAUCUUCUUUGCUCUCGGUGAGUUUUUGACUUGAAUUAAAUGUGAGCAUAAAAUAAAUUGAGCUCAUUUUCAGUCAGCUACGCUGCUGCUUCAUGCUUGAGUUGCAUCUGUCAACGUGAAUCUGGUUGUAAACCAAUCGGAUGUCACAUGGAUGUUGGAUCACUCUCCUGUGGAUACUACCAAGUGAGAUCUAGGCUCCUAGAGCUCUGCAAGCCUAGUUUAGCAAUCCAAACCCAAACAUUUUUCAGAUCAAAAUCGGCUACUACGAGGAUUGCGGUCAACCAGGAAAGAAAUCCGGAGAAUCCACCGAAACCGCCUGGAAACGAUGCGCCGACGACUACAACUGUGCCACAUCAUGCGUUGAAGCCUACUACAACCGCUACAAGAGUCAAUGCUCCGGAACUGGACAAGGAGCUUGCGAAGUCAUGGCCCGUAACCACAACGGUGGACCACAAGGAUGCAAACACUCUGGAACUCUCGCUUACUGGAAUGGAGUUCACAGCUGCUGUGGAUGCUCAUAA